CUGCUGGGCGCGCGUGCGCCCGCUAGCCACGUCCAAAUUUCAAAACACGCGAAAAAGGCGUCCGCCCUCUUCCUCUCGCCCUUCUCCCAAAUCGCCGAGCCGAAUCCCGCAGAGAUCACGCGGAUUUCGCCCCAAUCCGCCCCCAGAUCCAAGUUCCGGGGUCGCUUUAGGUGGCGUCGCCGGCAUGGCGCAUACCCCGAACCCCAGCCGGAGGUCGUGGGUGGGCCCGCCGACCCCCUUCCUCACGCCGCGGCCCGAGCGCCGGGAGCUGCGGUGGGCGGAAGCGGGCUCGCACAGCUCCGUGCGCCGCAGCGGCGUAGGCGCCUGCAGCAUCAACGGCAGCAAUGACAGAGACCGCGAGGCGAACGUGCAGGUCGUGCUCCGGUGCAGUGACAACGGAAAUUUUGAGCAAAUUGCUGCUGGUGCUAGGAGUCAGAUGCACAUCUCCAUGGUGUCUCUGAUGCGUUUUUAUGACUGGUGCAUGGUUAGACCGCUAAGCGUGGAGGAGCAGAAAGCGAAUGUCCAGAGUGCCGUCUCCUGCAACGACACCAAGAGGGAGGUCACAGUUCUGAACAGUCUAUUCAAGCAAGCUGACAAAACAUUCACCUUUGACACGGUUUUUGGCCCAAAAUCUCAGCAGAGGGCAAUAUAUGAUCAUGCUGUUGCACCAAUUGUCGAUGAUGUCCUUGAAGGCUACAAUUGUACUGUCUUUGCCUUUGGACAAACUGGAACCGGGAAAACUUAUACUAUGGAGGGAGAGAUGAUGCAGCAGGUAGGUGAACUGCCAACUAGUGCUGGUGUCAUGCCAAGAGCAGUGCGCCAUAUUUUUGACAUUUUGGAAGCACAAAAGGCUGACUAUAGCAUGAAGGUAACCUUCUUGGAGCUCUAUAACGAAGAAAUAACAGAUCUGUUGGCUUCAGAGGACCAAAGUAGAUUCCUUGAAGAUAGACACAAAAGGCCUACUCUAUCUCUUAUGGAAGAUGGCAAAGGUGGGUCUGUCAUAAGAGGCCUUGAAGAAAUUGUUGUCUACAGUCCUGGUGAGAUAUAUAGUCUGUUACAACAUGGAUCAACUAGGAGACGCACUGCCGACACUGCACUGAAUAUGCAAAGCAGCCGUUCACAUUCUGUCUUUUCUAUAUAUAUCCAUGUCAAAGUAACAACAACAGGGAAUCGGGAACUCAUAAAGUGUGGGAGGUUGAACCUUGUAGACCUGGCAGGAUCAGAGAGUAUAGCUCGAUCAGGUGCAAAAGAGGUUAGAGCAAGAGAAGCUGGAGAGCUGAAUAAGAGCUUAUUAACACUGGGUCGUGUCAUCACUGCACUUGUUGAAGAUUCAGUUCAUGUACCAUACAGAGCUAACAUGUCUCUGAAGGAAAAGGACUUCAUAAUCUCAAAUUUACUCCAUGCCGAGAAUGUAAUUCUUGAACGUGCAAAGGUUCUGUGUGGCACCGUCGAGACUGCAUCUGGAGAUAUUGCUGAUCUUCAGAAUAAACUAGGAAGACAAUCGAAAACUGAAGUUGAAAAUAAAGGGUUGCUAUUCAAUUUUCGGUCUCAACUAGAUCAGAGUCUUGGACUUCUUCGUAACACAGUUGUUCGGUCGAUUUGUGAACAGCGCCAAUUUUUGGAGUCCAUGACUGGACAAAUGAAUUCGUAUUUUUCAGCUAAAUCUGAGUCAGCUAACCAUUUGAAGAGAAGAAUCGCAAAGGCCAAAGAUAUGCAUACCUCUGGUGUGCAAUGCAUGAACGAGCUUGUCAAUACUCUGCGGCAGCGGUCCAUCACAGACUCUGAGCAGAUGAAACUGAAUAUAUCUUCACAAGCAAUAGCUGUUGACAAUUUUCUAGCAGUGAUGGUUUCAGAGGCUGAACAAGUAUUAACUGAGGUUUUGAGAUCUACUUCUGAACUCAAGGAGCUGUUAGCAUUUUCUGCUGAACAGCAAGAAUUAGGAUUGCAAAAGAGUCUUACCUCAGCACAAGCCAUGUCGAAGACGUCAAUAGAUUUCUUUAAUGAUAUCAGUACACAUGCGUCUAGGCUCAUGAAACUUAUGAAGCAAAGUCAAAGAGGAUGCUCCUCUCGUCUUGCUGAAUUUGAGAAGGGUUUUGAGGAAGCUGCUAUUAGAGAAGAGCAAGCUGCUCUUGACAAGAUUGCUGGAAUUUUAGCUGGCUUGACUGCCAGGAAAACGACAAUGGUUUCAGAAUAUGUUGGGCAACUGAAUGAGAGGUAUAGUGAGGAGCAGGAACACCUGGCGUUGGAAAUGUCCAGCCUACAACAAGUUUCAGAUAAUGGCAAAAAAGAGGCUGCAUCCUGUGCUGAAAAGCUAAAGAACCAAAUCCUGGAGGAUAUGUCAUCGCAUGCUAAUACCAAAGAUAAAAUGGGAGACGUCUUGCAGCAGUGCUUGAAGGGAAGCCACCAUUCUGUUUCUUACUGGUCACAUACGCAGUCAUGUUUAGAACAUCUAAAUAAGAGCUCAGUUCUGGAAGCUAAUGAUUUUAUACAAGAGAGAAGAAAUGAAAAUGAAAGUAUUAUCCAGGAGAUUCAACUUCGUUCUUCACACAACGAUGCAGGGUUCCAUGCCAUUACAUCUGAUAUUUUGACUACUUCAGAGAAUUCUCACUUAGUGGAUCAUGAAACAAGAGAGAGAAUGGAAACUCUAUCCACCUCCUUCUCAAAUCAUUUGGGAUUGCUGACUGAAAAACACAAUCAAGGCACAGAAUCUAUAAGAACCUUUGCAAGUAACUGUAUUGAAAAGGAUUACUCGGUUAACAGUCCAGUUCGUCAUCGCCCACGGGAGCUACUGGCCGGCGCAUAUAGCUUCGAAUCAAUUGAGGAACUGAGAGCCUCGAUGCCAGAUCUUGUGGCAAAAUUCAAAUCAAAGGACAAGCUGGAUGAAGUGGACAAAGGAAAAAGCUCCUCGGACCAAACGACACGUGCUCCUAGAAGUCCUCUCACGCCAGUCAAUCACUAGGAUUAGUGGAAGGCAGUAGCAGAAACUGUGAGAUUCUCCUAGUGCUGUAACGAUGGCAAGAUCUCUUGCCCGUUUAUGGCCGUGUCGAUUAAGCGUUUAUCGGGAGUGAAAUGUUGCACUUCCGUGCAGCAUACGUACCUGAUCGUAGGGUAGUGAAGUCCAGGAUUGUAGAGGACAAGCGUUUCGUAAUAUCUAGAGGCCCGACCAUCGAUCUUGUUGCUUUGCAUGCUUUCUGAUCAGUCAAGUGGUCGAAUGUACGAUGUAGAAUGCGUUUCUCAAUCUGAAGAUAUAUGUUAUCUCCAA